AUGCCCUUCUCAAACAGCCACAACCUCCUGAAGAAGAAGUAUUCUGCUGCGGAUGAGUUCCCAGACCUGAGUGUUCACAACAAUUACAUGGCCAAGGUGCUGAACCUGGACCUGUACAAGAAGUUGAGGGACAAACAGACUCCCAGUGGAUUUACCCUGGAUGAUGUCAUCCAAACUGGGGUUGACAACCCAGGCCAUCCCUUCAUUAUGACAGUAGGAUGCGUAGCUGGUGAUGAAGAAUCCUAUGACGUGUUUAAGGCACUCUUUGACCCAAUUAUCGAGAACCGACAUGGAGGCUACAAACCAAGUGACCAGCACAAGACUGACUUGAAUCCUGAUAACCUACAGGGUGGUGAUGACCUGGACCCCAACUACGUGCUAAGCUCCCGUGUCAGAACUGGUAGGAGCAUCCGUGGAUUCUGCCUUCCCCCUCAUUGUAGCAGAGGAGAGAGACGGGCUAUUGAGAAGCUUUCUGUUGAAGCCCUGGCUAGCCUGGAAGGUGACCUUAAUGGAAAGUACUAUGCUUUGAAAAACAUGACUGAUGCAGAGCAGCAGCAGCUGAUUGAUGAUCACUUCCUAUUUGAUAAACCAGUUUCUCCUCUCCUGUUGGCUUCUGGAAUGGCACGAGAUUGGCCUGAUGGCAGAGGUAUUUGGCACAAUGACAACAAGACCUUCCUUGUCUGGAUCAAUGAGGAAGAUCACCUUAGAGUUAUUUCCAUGCAGAAAGGUGGCAACAUGAAGGAAGUAUUCACCCGCUUCUGUACUGGGCUAACACAGAUUGAAACGCUCUUUAAGACCAAAAACUAUGAGUUCAUGUGGAAUCCACACCUUGGCUACAUCCUGACCUGCCCAUCCAACCUUGGGACAGGUCUCCGUGGUGGUGUACACAUCAAACUACCUAACCUUAGCAAGCAUGAGAAGUUUGGAGAAAUCCUCAAGAGGCUGAGGCUGCAGAAGCGAGGCACAGGGGGUGUGGAUACUGCUGCUGUUGGAGGAGUGUUUGAUGUCUCCAAUGCUGACCGGCUAGGCUUCUCUGAGGUAGAGCUGGUGCAGAUGGUGGUUGAUGGUGUGAAGCUACUGAUUGAAAUGGAAAAACGCCUUGAAAAAGGCCAGUCCAUUGAUGACCUCAUACCAGCUCAGAAAUGA